UUUUGCCCGUCUUUUCCAACGCUCACGAUUAGUAGGUAAAUAAAAACAAGAACAACAAGAAGCAGUUCAUUAUAAAUCUGAUCAAACUUGAACAGCGUCGCAUCGUCGGGGUCAGACGUUCAACGCAGUUGAUGUUACAGUAGUUAUACCCAAACUUCGAUAGUUAAGUGUUCUUAGUGUUUACCGAUUUUACGUUAUAUAAAAAAAUGAAUUCUUUGGUUCUUGUGGUAUCGUCACUGAUUGUUACUGUCUUCGGACAACGUCCCAUGUAUGCUGGACAGCGUCCCAUUCGUUAUCCCGAUUUAGCAAGUAGGUUUAAGGGUGACAAUUCCACGUCUACAACUGCUGCGGUACCUUUAGAUAAUCGCUUUGGUGCUAACGAGCCCGUUGAACCCUUACCAGUUGAUGCAAAAGGCGAUGCUGAUUUAGUAAACCGACUAAACCAGUGGCCUGAAGAAAAUCGGCCUUAUUGGCUAAUUAAUGCUCAACAAAUUGAAAAACACCGAGGAAGUGGUAAUGUUAACAAUAGCACCCCAUUGAAUUCGAGUCAGUUUCCCAUUACUAAUUCGCAACCCCUUGGAAGGCAACCGUACCCGUUACAGAAUCAAAAUCAAAGAGGAAGAUUAGUACAUGAUCGAGUAUUUCUACCAAGAGGAGGGCCACACAACAAUAAUAAUAAUAACAACUGGUAAUGCCUUUUGUGCAUUUCAAGGACUGAUCUCCUGGCUGACACUUGUUUUAAAGGAUUACAUACAUCUUGCGCUAAGAAAUAUACGGUGAAAUUUGAAAUCAAUUUCGAUUACGAUUACAAUAUUUUCUUAAAUUUCACUCGAAAUCGAUCUCAAUCAAAACUAUUUUCUCCUUUCGAAAAGGUAGCUGCCGACGAAAAUUACAGGUAAAUUUUUCGAUUUAAAAAUGGGCAAGCGUACACGUUAGAAAGUAAAAUUUAAUAAUCGUACAAUCAAAUUAAAAAAAAGCCAUCACCAAGGUGUAUGUAAAUCCUUAAACAAAAUAAGGAUAGUAAAAAUGUCUCAGUGUAUUUAUAGGUGCUUACUUGAUGUUUUAAAUUAUUGCAAUAUAAAUUGUACAAUGUUAUUAACUAUACCCUCAUUGUUUUUGUUUGUAAUCUAAAACAUACAAAAAAUAAAUAUAAAAAGUUGUGGCUUUA